AUGCGCUCCGCUCUUGCCCAGUCGCUCCGCGCGGCCUCUGGCCGUCGCAUGGCCGUUCGCUCGUACGCGACUGCCAAGCCCGCCGCCUCGGAGGUCUCGUCGAUCCUCGAGAGCCGCAUUGCCGGCACUUCGGUUGGCGGUGACGUCCAGGAGACCGGCCGUGUCCUCACCAUUGGUGACGGUAUCGCCCGUGUCUACGGUCUCCGCAACGUCCAGGCCGAGGAGAUGGUUGAGUUCUCUUCGGGUGUCCGCGGCAUGGCUCUUAACCUCGAGGCCGACAACGUCGGUGUUACCAUCUUCGGUAACGACCGUCUUAUCAAGGAGGGUGACACCGUCAAGCGUACCGGCGAGAUUGUCGACGUCCCCGUUGGCCCCGGCCUUCUCGGCCGUGUCGUCGACGCUCUCGGCAACCCCAUUGACGGCAAGGGCCCCAUCGAGGCCAUCGGCCGCACCAAGGCCCAGGUCAAGGCCCCCGGUAUUCUCCCCCGUCGCUCGGUCCACGAGCCCAUGAUGACCGGUAUGAAGUCGGUCGACUCGCUCGUCCCCAUUGGCCGUGGCCAGCGUGAGCUCAUCAUUGGUGACCGUCAGACUGGCAAGUCGGCCGUCGCUAUCGACACUAUCCUUAACCAGAAGAAGUGGAACGACGGCAACGACGAGUCCAAGAAGCUCUACUGCGUCUACGUCGCCGUCGGCCAGAAGCGUUCGACUGUCGCCCAGCUCGUCAAGACCCUCGAGGAGAACGACGCCCUCAAGUACUCGAUCAUUGUCGCCGCUACCGCCUCGGACGCCGCGCCCCUCCAGUACCUCGCCCCCUUCUCGGCCUGCGCCAUGGGCGAGUGGUUCCGUGACAACGGCAAGCACGCCCUCAUCAUCUACGACGACCUUUCCAAGCAGGCCGUCGCGUACCGUCAGAUGUCGCUCCUUCUCCGUCGUCCCCCCGGUCGUGAGGCUUACCCCGGUGACGUCUUCUACCUCCACUCGCGUCUCCUUGAGCGUGCCGCCAAGAUGAACGAGAACUACGGUGGUGGCUCGCUUACUGCCCUCCCCAUCAUUGAGACCCAGGGUGGUGACGUCUCGGCUUACAUUCCCACCAACGUCAUUUCGAUUACCGACGGCCAGAUCUUCCUCGAGGCUGAGCUCUUCUUCAAGGGUAUCCGCCCCGCCAUCAACGUCGGUCUUUCGGUCUCGCGUGUCGGUUCGGCUGCCCAGACCAAGCUCAUGAAGUCCGUUGCCGGUUCGCUCAAGCUCUACCUCGCUCAGUACCGUGAGGUCGCCGCCUUCGCCCAGUUCGGCUCGGACCUCGACGCCUCGACCCGCUACCUCCUCAACCGUGGUGCCCGUCUUACCGAGCUCCUCAAGCAGCCCCAGUUCUCGCCCAUGGCCACUGAGAUCAUGGCUCCCCUCAUCUACGCCGGUGUCAACGGUCUCCUUGACAAGGUCCCCACCGAGCAGAUCACCGCCUGGGAGAAGUCGUUCACUGAGGUCCUCAAGAACCAGCACCAGCCCCUCCUCGAGAAGCUUUCGGGCGGUGUCCUCACCCCUGAGAUCGAGAAGGAGAUGAAGGCCGUCAUUGAGGGCCACGUCGCCGACUUCGUCGCUGCCUAA